GCGAAUCCAUUUUUAUAUUUGAUAACAAUCAGUAUAUAGAGACAAUGGCCGAGUGAUAUAUGUACCAGAUAUUCCAGUUGUGCAUUCGUUGUUGACAUGAGAGUUUGGUUCUCUAUGAAAAUUUCAACAUCUGCCGUCGUAACCAACAUUACACUCAAGGUUGUAUCAGGAAAUAAGAUAUAUUUAAUUUGAGAAUCGGUUAGAGACAAAAAUACAGACAACAAUGGAAGAGGUCAGAACUUCGAAUUCGAAUAGAAUGCAACACCCUGUGAAUACAAAUAUUUGUAAUCGAAUAUUUUUUUGCUGGUUCCUUCCGUAUCUGAAACAGGGUCUCAGAAAGGAAAUCGACGAAGAUGACAUGUUCGCAGUCACGGAUUCUCAGAAAUCAGCCUACCUCAGCACCAAGCUAGAAAGAGCAUGGAACAACGAGCUUCAAAGAAAAACAACUCCUUCCUUGCUGAGAGCCCUAUUCACAGUAUUCAAAGUCGAACUCAUCUACUAUGGAGUUUUCUUUAUUGUAGUCGAAUUUGUCAAAAUAGGUCAACCAAUGCUGAUCUCCAAGCUGGUAUCAUUUUACGGCCAAAGCGACACCAAAAUCAACAAACUAGAGGUAUACACCUACGCAGCAAUCAUAGUCCUCUCCUCCCUAGCUCAAAUAAUAUGCAACCAUAACUACACAAUGGGCGUUAUGACCUUGGGCAUGAAAAUACGGACAGCUGCCUGCUCUUUGAUCUACAGGAAAGCUCUGAAGCUGAGCAAAACGGCUCUGGCUGAGACCACGGUCGGUCAGAUGGUCAAUUUGUUGUCCAAUGACGUCGGGAGGUUCGAUUUUGCUGUCCAGAACCUCCACCAAAUCUGGAUGGCCCCUAUAGAAACUAUAAUCAUCACGUAUCUGGUACACAGCUAUGUAGGUUUCACUGGAUUGGUUGGAGCGAUUUUUUUGCUGUCUUUCAUCCCAUUCCAAAUGUACAUGGCUAGAAUGACAUCAAGGUAUAGACUGAGAACAGCCAUCAGGACUGAUGAGAGAGUACGACUCAUGAACGAGAUCAUAUCUGGCAUCCAAGUCAUCAAAAUGUACACUUGGGAGAAGCCAUUCGCUAAAAUAGUGGAGAUAGCCAGAGAGAGAGAAAUAGCACAAAUAAGGGUCACCUCAAGCAUCAGAGCAAUCAUGUUAUCCUGUGGUAUGAUCAUGAGCAGAGCAGCCAUUUUCUUGUGCAUCCUGACCUACGUUCUCACUGGCAACACUCUCACUGCCACCUACGCAUACACGAUCACUUCCUUCUAUGGGCACUUGAGGAUAGCUGUCACGGUUAUUUUCCCACAAGGCAUUACUCAGUUCGCCGAGAGUAGGGUAUCAGUGAAAAGAAUCCAGCAGUUCCUGAUGUACGAUGAGAUAGAGAACCCUAGGUCAAUUUCGAAUGAUACUAGAUUACCAAGUCCUCGUAUCAGCUUGAAAAACUCUUCCUUCAAAUGGUUGAAGUCUUCACUUGAGAAUACCCUGAGCGAAAUCAGCUUUGAAGCUUCUUCAAAGCAGAUGGUCGCCCUGGUGGGUCCAGUAGGUUGUGGGAAAACUACCUUGCUGCACGUAAUACUAAAGGAAAUCAUACCAGUCUCCGGAUCAGUUCAUGUGGCAGGUACCAUCUCAUAUGCAUCCCAAGAACCUUGGUUGUUUGGUGCCAGCGUCAGACAAAACAUCCUCUUCGGCCAAGAAUACGAUCAGGAGAAAUACGAAGAGGUUGUGAGGGUUUGUGCUUUAGAGCGAGACUUUACUAUUUUCCCAAAUGGGGAUAAAACCCUUGUGGGGGAAAGAGGAGUUUCGCUGAGUGGGGGUCAAAGAGCUAGAAUCAACUUAGCUAGAACUGUUUACAAGGAAGCGGAUAUUUACUUGUUGGACGACCCGUUAUCAGCCGUGGAUACCCAUGUGGGUGAACAGCUCUUCCAUGACUGUAUCUGUGGAUAUCUCAGCUCCAAGUGCGUAGUAUUAGUUACUCACCAGCUUCAGUACUUGAGGAAUUCUCCCCACAUCUACUUGCUAGAAGAUGGUAAAAUCAAAGCAUCAGGUAGCUAUCAACAGAUGAAAAAGUUCGAUAGAACCUUUGACAAACUCUUGGAGGAAUCUGUGGACGAAGAGAGGAAAUGUGAAGAAAAGAGACUUUCGAAGUCAAAUAUUGAGAAGCUCAAAGACUCUCCAGUCGUAGCAGCUGAGAGAGAAAAAAGAUCAAGUGGAGUAGUAACCUGGAAUGUCUACAAAAGCUAUCUGAAAUCUAGGGGUGGCUGGUUCAAAGCGAUAGCACUUUUAUCAGGAUUUGUAUUGACGGAAGUCUUCGGAAGUUUAACUGAUUACUUCGUGAAUAUUUGGGUCAAUCUGGAACAACGAAGAAGUUUGCAUAGCUCUCUAGUAUCGAAGCUUCCAGAGGCCAGAAAUUCUACAUUUGGUGACACAUGGUCGAAUGAACACCUCACAGAUGAGAUCAAUCUCUAUAUUUACUGUUCCCUAGUUAUACUAUUUGUAAUCACGACGUUCACUAGGUCAAUUUCUUUCUUCAAGUACUGUAUGACCGCGUCGACCAGGCUGCACAAUAACAUGUUCAGCAAAAUAGUCAACUUACCAAUGAGGUUUUUCAAUACAAAUCCUUCUGGAAGAAUACUCAAUAGGUUUGCCAAAGAUGUGGGAGCAGUAGAUGAAACUUUGCCAAUAACUCUACUCGACACUUUAGGGAUUGGUUUGACAGUACUGGCAAUCUCAAUAGUUAUUGGAACAAUGAAUCCUUGGAUAUUAACAGUUACAGGUGUCAUGCUAGUAAUAUUUUACUUCCUGAGACAAACUUUUUUAGUGUCUAGUAGGAAUAUAAAAAGAGUAGAAGCAGUAACUCGUAGUCCAAUCUACACUCAUUUAACUGCAUCGUUGCAAGGUCUGACUACCAUCAGAGCUUUUGGAGCCCAGCAAACAUUGACCAGAGAGUUCGAUAAUUUCCAAGAUGCAUAUUUCUCUGCCUACUUCAUGUUCUUAUCAGCUAACAGAGGCUUUGGAUUUUGGUUGGACCUCCACUGUGUUCUUUAUACUGCUUGUGUCACUGUCAGUGUACUGUUCAUCCAGAAUGAAUCACUCGGUGGAAAUGUAGGUCUAUCUCUAACUCAGGCAAUGACUCUAUCAGGCAUGUUCCAAUGGGGUAUCAGGCAGUGGACUGACCUCGAAAACCAAAUGACUUCAGUGGAAAGGAUCCAGGAGUAUGCUGACAUCACUCCAGAGCUGGACGUCAAUACCAAGCCUCCUCCCAAAUUUUGGCCAGAACACGGAAAUUUAAAAUUCGAAAAUAUGUCUCUGAGGUACUCGGAAGACAUGCCUUACGUCCUGAAAAAGCUCUGCUUCGAGAUCAAGUCCAGGGAAAAGAUUGGGAUAGUGGGUAGGACGGGAGCUGGAAAGACCUCAUUGAUUCAAGCUCUAUUCCGAUUGGCUGAGAUAGAGGGGCACAUAUGGGUAGAUGGAGUCGAUACAAAAACGGUGUCGCUGAGUGUCUUGAGGUCGAAGAUUUCUAUUAUACCACAAGAACCUGUACUAUUUUCUGGGACACUGAGGAAGAAUUUGGACCCUUUCGAUGAAUAUCAGGAUGAGGUUUUGUGGAACGCUUUGGAAGAGGUAGAGCUCAAGAAUGCUGUGGGAGAAUUGCAAUCAGGUCUGGACAGUAAGAUGGCUGAAGGUGGAUCCAAUUUCAGCGUCGGUCAAAGACAGCUGGUGUGCCUAGCUCGCGCUAUAAUACGCAACAACAAGAUCCUGGUGAUGGAUGAAGCCACUGCCAACGUCGAUCCACAUACUGACGCUCUUAUACAGAACACCAUUAGGCGUAAAUUCGCUAAUUGUACGGUGUUGACUAUAGCGCACAGACUGCAUACGAUCAUGGACUCCGAUAAGGUGUUGGUGAUGGAUGCUGGACAAGCAGUGGAGUUCGGGCAUCCCUUUUCGCUUUUGCAGAACAAACAGGGGACUUUCUAUGGGCUAGUGAAGCAAACAGGGUCUGCGAUGGCUCAGAGCUUACAAGCAAUUGCAGAAGAAGCCUUCAUGAAGACGAAGUAGAAUAUUGAACACGGAUUGUAACUAUCUAGCUACCCCAUACAUCGGAACGCUCUGCAAUCCAUCAUGUUCACUGAAUACUUAAUCUGCUUAUAUAUUUUGUGAUGUUAUUGUGAUGGGGAAGUUUCCUUCAGAUGAAUUUUUAUAAAAUAAGUUCGGAAUUCUCCAGUUUUAUGUUCACGCUGUAUAAAAUUGCGACCGAUGGAGUCCAAGUCGUUUUCAUUUUCAAAUUAAAUCAAUUUUUAAUUUUCGGGGAGGCAAACUGUGACGUACGUUCGGAAUCUAGUCUGAAAAUAGCUGAUGGUGAAGAAUAUAGCUAGAGAAUAGAUAACGAAUGAAAAACAUUGAAGAAGAAGUAAAACUGAUAAAAAAAACAUACAUAACCACAAAUGCACUCAUAGCAGGAAUGCAGAGGGUAGUUGGCUUCAUUCUGACAGGUUAUGGUUUCGUUAAUUAUGCAUUGAAAUAUCUCGAAUAGAGCUCGAUCCUAAACGUGAAUAUCAUUGAAUCAAUGAAUCACUAUAUGCUACAUUAAAUGAUACUAUCCUUCCUAAUUUACUGUCAUCGGUCAGAACAGAAUGAAGCCGACACCCAUGGCUCCUUCCGCUUGUUGUGUCUGUCAGUAUUUUGGGUGGUGUGGACGGACUAUCUUCUAUCUUUUUCGCCUUGAAAUUCUCUAUCCAACCAUGUAUCACAAAGUGGCAUUUAUUUCUUGAUUCGCUGUUGAAUUGCUUUUUAUUCAAAAAGAAUAAGUUGGCUGUGACAUGAAUUCCAUGAUAUAUCGACACUUGGUAGGCUUUGAAAUUUAAAUAUCAUUAGUAAACCGAUAUUAUUCAAAAUGUUUUGAUAUUCUGAUCAAUGUCUGCAGGUUUUCAAUAGCUUGUUUGAGUCAAGGUGAAAAUAACUCAAGAUAUUGAGGAAUCUAAGAUAGGAAUAUAUUUUUUCGAAUUCAGCUACUCGUACAGAAGAUAUCUGUUAUUGUCGCCAUGUAGGUACCUAUCACAUGAUCUUCCCAUUUGGAAUAAUAAAACUAAAAUUGUUCCUCUUAUACGAUGAUCCACAGGGCUAUCAGUCUAUUUUUUCAUAAUUAUUUCACUUAGUAGGCGGUGUACCUACACAAAAUGUUUUAUGUGUUUGACAGUUAAUCGAUUGCAACAAAUUUUUCUUCUUCAUUUGUGUGUUGAUUAAAAUUGCAUACAAAGAUGUUAUUUGAUUUUUCAAUAAGAACAUCUAGAAACGGUAAUUGAUUAUAAGAUUCAAUUUCCAAAGUGAACUUUAUUGUAGGUUCGGCAUUGUUCACAUAAUUCAGAAAAUUAUCUAGCUCCAUAAUGUUAUGAGGCCAAAUUAUGAAAAUAUCAUCUACGUAUCGCCACCAUGUUUUAGGUUGUUUUUGGUGAUGUUGUCUUCAAUAUUCUCCAUGAAUAUAUUGCUUAAAAUUGUUUUGUCGAUUAAACUCAUCACCCAAUUGAAAAUAUGUUGUUUAGACACAAUUCCAAAAAUUCCAUUAUUCCUUCACUAUUUGUAAAGUUUUAUCUAUUGGAACAUUUGUGAAUGAACUUACUACAUCAAAACUGACAAGAGUAUCAUUUGUAUCAAGAGUGAUGUCAUUAAGCUUUUCUUUAAACGCAGUGACAUUUUGGGGCAAAUCAUCUGAUUAGUCCUUACUACACGUAUAUUGAAAUAAUAUUCAUAUUUUUUUUUUAUUGUAUAGAAACGAGGAGAG